UCGUACAGGCAGGCCAGCUGUUUACCUUUUGCGAGACGAGGAGGAGCAGAGGUGACUUAGAGGUAGACAGAUAGACACUCUGGUGAUAAUACUUCGACCUGCCCCUGCAAGAUGGCGCACGAGGGUGAAGAGGCGCUGCCAAGGAGCGAGCCAGGGGAGGAUAACCAACGGCUGGCAACGGUUCAAGGCCCACCAGAAACCCAGGCAUCUCUUCCUCCUCCUCCUCCUCCUCCUCCUCCUCCUCCACCUCCUCCCCCUCUUCCUUCGCAGGGCGAGGUCGCUUACACUGAAGAACAAGAAGAGGUAACCAUUCGACGAAGGGUGGAAGUCCGUGAGCAAAGACGGGUAAUUCAUCGUCGAGCAAAAGGAGAAGGAGAAGGAGGAGGAGGAGGAGGAGGAGGAGGCGGAGGAGAAGGAGGAGAAGGAGGAGGAGGAGGAGGAGGAGGAGGAGAAGGAGAAGGAGGACAAUCAGGCCCUGUACUGCAAGACGACAGAGGCAAUGACAGGCCCCAAAAGGGCCCGGUCACUCCCAGGCCCUCCUUAUCUGAAACACAGCCAGGCCCUGUGCUGCAAGGCGACAAAGGUAAUGACAGGCGCCCAGGGGGGUUGGUAACCCCCAGGCCCUCUUUAUCUGAUACAGCAGAACAAGAGCGUGCAGAGGAAGAGAGACGAGGAGGAGGAGAGGUGGUCGGUGGGGGAGGGUGGGGAGGGGGGGAAGUACCUGCUAGUGCAAGAGAGAACGCGACUGAUCAGGAGCAGGACAAGCAGGGUGGGACCCGCAGGGUGGUGGAAGGAAGUAAUAUUGACUUUCAUGGUCCCUCGUCUGGUGAAGAUGCUUCUAGAAACCGGGAGAUGUGGCAACAGCAAAGAAGCUUGGAGGGGGCGCAUCACCAGCCACAGGAUGGCGUUGAGGUCAUCGGUCGAAGGCCGGCUGCUCCUGCUCUGGGACCCCUGGCUCACGAAGUUGGCAGAAGCUCGGGACUCGGUCUUCGAGAGCAAGGGCGGCGAAGCAGCGCGGACACUGGAGGGAAAGAGGGGGAGGAAGACAAGCCUGCAGGUCAGAGGGGUUUAGUCCUAUGGGGAUAUGGUGCAUCCUCCUCACCCAGGGCCUCUGCGCAUGAUGAUGCUUCUCGAGGGUGGCAGGGCAGCGAUGCACACGGCGGGGGGGUGUCAUUGGGCCAGGCGCGUCGCGCGUCCGAUCCUUCCAGAAUCUGGGGGGCUCGGGAGGACGAGGGAAGUCAAAGUCAAACAAGGUCGGAAGCAGCUGGGACCUUGGGCAGCGAUCGAAGGCAGGGGCCGCAGGGCGAACGGGCGCAAAGAGAAGUCAAAGUCAAACAAGGUGCCCACGAGUGGCUGACUACCCAAGGCAGUGCAGGUCAAAGGCCCUCGGAGUUGACCGAUGACGAUGUUACGAGACGGUGGAGAGCUACGGAGCAAGAGAGGGGACGAAUGCUCGGGGUUGGGCCGCAACUGGACAUUGAUGAAGCGGGAGGUCGGUGGCACCUGUCUCAUGGUGCCGCUCCUUUUCCGCGCCCGGCUAUGGCAGACUGGGAAGCACAGGAAGAGGAGAGGAGACGACGACGCAUUAUGGAAGGCCAGGCAGAGCAGGGAGGAGAGGAGAGAGAUGAUGAGUUGGGGGGAAAACAUGGGGGUGGUGGCGGUGCUUUCGCCCGCCGGUCAUCGCCUUAUGAUGUGUCCACAAGGUGGCAACUUGAUGAGCAAGAGAGAAGAAGAAGCCUUGAGGCUGCCUUGUUACCAGAGGCCCUUAGGGGGGAUAGCAGCUAUGCAGACGGCACGGGAAUUCGACGACGAAGUCUCGUUCCUCUUCAGGAUAUCGGAGGGCGGGAGGCGACGGAACAAGACCCGAGAAGACCCAGUAUGCAAGCAGUGGACUCAGUUGUGAGAGAUGUAGUAGAAAUGGCUAUGCAUGGAAACCGAAAUAUGCAAGCAAUGGACUCAGUGGACUCAGUGGACUCAGUGGUGAGAGAUGUAGUUGAAAUGGCUACGCAUGGAGCAGCGGACUCGGCUGGGAAGGGAAGUAAGCACCACCACAAGCAGGGUCCCGGAGGCGAGGGCCUUCAUUUGUCGCCGCACAGUGCGUCAACAAGGUGGGAAAUAGAGGAGCAGGAGAGAAGAAGACGUCUCGAGGCGUCCCCUUUACCCGCGGCCCUUAGGGGUAGCUAUGUGGAUGACGAGGGCGUCAAACGACCUCUCCCUGCCUCAGGCUCUCCUUACGAUGCUGCAGCGGCCUGGGAGGUGCAAGAGCAAGACAGGAGACGACAAAUUAUUGUGCAAGGGCUGGAGGGAGAGGGAUACGAUCUCAACAGGGUGGGGGGAAGGGGAACUCUUCAACCCAUUGACAAAGCGGAUGACUUGCAAGGCGGCAUGGGUCGCAGAGAGCCCCUUACGGGCUAUGGGUUGGACCACCUAGAGGGGGAGGAUGACCAUGAAGAGGGCCUGAGAGGGGGAACACAGACGGCCGAAGGAGGGCCUUCUUCUUUGCCAGGGGAAGAAGAAAGAGCGGAGGGGCUUGGCGCCAAAGGCGGGACCGGUACACGUAUUGUGAAAUUUCAAGCUGGUCUGGAUCCAGACAAUCCUCUCUUAAAGCGCGCCCAAGCUGCCCUGAAACAGCAGUUGCUGAACAAUUUGCAGGACGUGGUAGAGCGACUGCGGGAGAAGAAGUAUGCGUUGAAGAAAGAGAAACGUGCAAGAGAGGACCUCGGAGUACGGAUGUAUGGCACACAACAGCACCUAGCAAGGCUCCAAAUGACCUUGGAGAAAACCCAUGAGCAGUUUGAACACGCCAACAAGCUCAGGCUCAAGGCCGACGAGGAGUACGGGGCAGUCCGGGAGCAGCACGCAUCAACAAAGGGCGUGACUGCAGAGGACCUGAAUAAUCUGGAGAAGCUACAGGUGGAGACAGACAAAUUGGGACUGACCCUCAAACAGAUAGAAGAGUACAAUGACCAGAUGCAGAGGGAGAUAGCAGUGACGCGAAGAGCGACGUAUGUGGCAGAAGAGCAAGUUGGUAAGCUCGAGAAGGCAAAGAAGCGACAAGACUUGCACAUCCUGAACAUGCAAGAGACGAUCAAGAGGAUGCGGCAACAAAUAGCCAUAAUCGAAGCGCAAACCAUUGCACAGAGGAAGGAAACGAAAUCUGCUUUGGACACUCUCUGCGAGGCUUCCGUAGAGAUGAGCGCAAUUGAAAUGGAAAAGCGUCAGCUCAUUCAGAAGUGGAAGAGCUCACUUGUUGGCAUGGCCAGACGGGAUGAAGCCCUGCAGGUUGUGGAGGAGUCGCUACGCCAGCAAAAGGAGAAGCACAUGGAGUUGGAUGGUGAGGUCGACGGUCUGCGCAAGGCAUUAAAGCUUCAGCAAGAUAAGCAUGAACAGCUCACAGGGAUUCUGAACAAGCUGGAAGCUCAAGGCGAACAUUUCAAGACCCAGAUAAAGUCCGUUACAGAGAAAACCGAUCUGUGUCAUGCCACGUAUGCGAAGAUCAAAAGAUCGCUGGAGGAGACGGAAGCGGCGAUGGGGCGAGUGAAGGUGGAGAAGAUCGCCCUGCAGGCAGAUAUCAGCACGCAGGAGAAGAUGAUAGUGAAGUACUCGCAAGAGCUGAAGGAUCUGGAGGCGCAGACGCUGGACAGUCUGAGCGAGCAGAUGACGAUGGAGAAGAGUGCGAAGAAGACAGUGCAGGCGACAAAGGCGCUCAGAGCGCGUGUCAGCGAUGAAAACAUCGGGUGCAUCCAGUUACAGAAUGAACUGGCACGCAUCCGUGUUGAUAUACUAGCCACACAAGGAAGGACCACACGAUUGAAGGAGGUGUUGAACGCUUUGGUGCUGGAAGUGAGGGAGAGGACGGCCACGGUGGAGCGGCACGAGGUGGAGAUAAGACGACGCCACGAUGAGAUCGAUAAGAAGACGAAGGAAGUGGACCGACUGAAUCGGCAACUGGAGAAGCUGCUGGCCUCUGUGGUAGAUCUGGGGCUUGGGCCGCUGGAAAACAUCGUGGUGAACCUUGGCAGGGAGAUAGCGGCGCGACUGAAAACCUCCCGCGAACUGCAGCGGCAAUGGAUUGGUCUGCAGACAGAGCUUGUGACGCUCAAUAAUGAUAAUGCCAAUCUUGGGGAGCGCGCCAGACUGCUGCGCGCCGAGGUGACUGUUCUUGAGCAGAAGCAUCUUAGAUUGGAAAGUCAAUACUCCAUGGAGAGGGCGGACAUCAAACAGGUGGAGAACGCAAUGAGAGAGAUGCACCGAGGUCUGGUGCGGCUCAAUGACAUGAUUGCAAGGAGCACUGACCUGCGCGCGGAGCUUACGGAGCAGGGGUUUGGGAUGGAGAUCGACCUGGUGGGGGAGCUGCGGGAAGCAGAGGGCAAUGCUGCUCGCAUGAGGGCAAGGGUGGUAGAGGGUAAGCGGGAGCUCCUCGAGGUCACCCGUGAAGUCACCGAAGCGGAGCGAACUAUCUCUCUGUGGGAGAGGAGGAUACUCCUUGAACGGGAGAUGCAGGCAGCUAUCGACCCCAACAUUGGCAAUGAUAUAGUCGGAGCAAUGCGCCGAGAGAUUCACAGGAUGAAGCUCCGACUCGCGGAACUCACCAGGUUGCAGGAAAGGAUCAUAAUGGACAUGGAGAUUGGCAUCAGCAAACGCGAUGAGAUGACCACCAAGGCAAAGUUGGCAUCCAUCCGAUCGGCUGCGGCAGCUGCAGCAGGAUUGCCGCUGGCAUCGACAACCAUCACCACUGCAUCCCACAGUACGUCGCCCUCACGAAGGGGAGGCGGCGGAGCACCCAGAGCCGCGACCGUCAUCUCAGAGGCUGCCAUCGCUCGGAUCUGCAGUGAUCUACGGCGAACAAUCAGAGAAACAGAGAGAGAGAGGGCGUCUAUAGAAUCGCAAUUCCAGCAAUUGUUGGAACGUAAGGACACCCUAAAUGAGGAGAUGCAGCAGACGGUGAGACGCAUCCAGGCGUUGCAGUCGGAUGAAGAGCGCUUGCGCAGCAGCGUGCACCAAGCCAAUGAGACCAGGUACAAGGAACUUGUUGCCACGACUCGACACCAGCGUAUGGCAUCUCGAUUUGAGGACCUGAGUGAGGGGAAGUGGGUCCCCAAGGCCCUCCCCCCUGAGCUGUUCUUCGAUUUUGGGGGUAAGCGGGCUGGAAGGAGGAGAGCAGGAGAAGGGAGCACGACAGACCGAGACAGACUGACGGCCUCUGAACGGAGAAGUAGGAGUCGAGGCAGACGAGUCCAGGAACAGAGAGAGAGCAGCACCAUCAUCGACGUCCAUGACGAGAUUGAAAGAGCAAAGGAGAAGAGAAGAUCCAUCGCCCGUGUCAUUGAACAAUGUUCCACACAGUUCCCCCAGCUGGAGGGAGCACUCCAGUUAGUCCAAGCUCAUCUUUCUGUGCGCGUUGCUGGCUAAAUCACUGUACAGUGACUGUUCUAGCAUUCACCAGUCACUAGGACCAAUCCGCACUUCCAG